AUGCGAUUUUUACUCGCCAUAAUUGUUUUAUUAGCAAGUGCUAUUUUUGAAAUAACUUCAGCUGUACAGUGCGGAGACAUAAAUUUCAAUGAUGGUCAGUUGCAUUUAGAACAGUGUACUGGUUCAGUAAAUUGGAUGCCUCCUUGGGCAGUUCUGGCUUUCGAAGACGAAGCAGAUUUUGAACCACGAAAUGAAAAAACUAGCCACUAUAUUGCUAAACCUUCAGGCAGCAGGGCACAUGUCUGCGGUGAAACGGAAUCUUUUGAGGCCGACGAAUAUUCUUACGUUUUAGUAGGAUUUUAUGUUGAAAAAGAAACUCCAGAAGGAUACGGUAAUCUCAUUCUUGAAAUUUUCAUCGAUGGUGAUAAGACAAUCGAGAAUAAAAUACCAUAUACAAUUACGGCAAAGGAAUGGAGAGAAGAAAAAAUAAAAGUGACUAAAAGUGGUUCACUAAAGUGUUUUGCUGCAAUAGAAGUUUUCAAUGAUACUGAUCCAUUCAAUAAAAGCACUAAAACUUGUUCAGAUAAGAAAGACAUAGUACGCUUAACUCUAGAAACAAAUGAUAAUAUAAAGGCAGGCAUUGACUACGUUAGGAUAUAUAAUACAAAAAGCAAUAUUGAUGAAUGUAUGUUGCAAUUAGACACAACUACAAAUAUGCCAACUACGACUAUUCGUGCACCAAUCACAACUACGGAACCAAGAGCUACAACUGACACAACACCGAUUACAAGUAAACAAUCCUUGACUACAAGUGAACCACUCUCGACUACAAACGAGCAAAACUUCACUAUUAGUAAAUCGCCCUCGACUACAAGUGAACAACCCUUCACUACAACUAAUUUACCCUCGACUACGAAUGACUCGUCUUCUACUACAAGUGAACAACCCUUCACUACAACUAAAACACCUUCGACUACAAAUGACCCGUCUUCCACUACAAGUGACCAACCCCCUACCACAACUAAAUUACCCUUGAUUACAAAUGACCCGUCUUCCAAUACAAGUGAGCCACCCACUACUACAAGUAAACAACCCUCCACUACAACUAAAUUACCCUCGACUACGAAUGACCCGCCUUCCACUACAAGUGAACAAACCUUCACUACAACUAAAUUACCCUCGACUACAAAAGACCCGUCUUCCACCACAAGUGAGCCACCCACUACUACAAGUGAACAACCCUUCACUACAACUAAAUUACCCUCGACUACAAAUGACCCUGAGUCACCCAAUACUAUAAGUGAACAACUCUUCACUACAACUAAAUUACCCUUGACUAAAAUUGAUCCGUCUUCCACUACAAGUGAGCUACCCACUACUACAAGUAAACAACCCUUGACUACAACUAAAUUGCCCUCGACUACGAAUGACCCGUCUUCCACUACAAGUGAACAACCCUACACUACAACUAAAUUACCCUCGACUACGAAUGACCCGUCCUCCACUACAAGUGAGCCACCCACUACUGCAAGUGAACAACCCUUCACUACAACUAAAUUACCUUCGACUACAAAUGACCCGUCUUCCAAUACAAGUGAACAACCCUUCACUACAACUAAAUUACCCUCGACUACAAAUGACCCGUCCUCCACUACAAGUGAGCCACCCACUACUACAAGUGAACGACCCUUCACUACAACUAAAUUACCCUCGACUACGAAUGACCCUGAGCCACCCACUACUACAAGUAAACAACCCUUCACUACAACUAAAUUGCCCUCGACUACGAAUGACCCGUCUCCCACUACAAGUGAACAACCCUUCACUACAACUAAAUUACCCUCGACUACGAAUGACCCGUCUUCCACUACAAGUGAGCCACCCACUACUACAAAUGAGCCACCCACUACUACAAGUGAACGACCCUUCACUACAACUAAAUUACCCUCGACUACGAAUGACCCGUCUUCCACUACAAGUGAACAAACCUUCACUACAACUAAAUUACCCUCGACUACAAAUGACCCGUCUUCCACUACAAGUGAGCCGCCCACUACUACAAGUGAACAACCCUUCACUACAACUAAAUUACCCUCGACUACGAAUGACCCGUCUUCCACUACAAGUGAACAAACCUUCACUACAACUAAAUUACCCUCGACUACAAAUGACCCGUCUUCCACUACAAGUGAGCCGCCCACUACUACAAGCGAACAACCCUUCACUACAAUUAAAUUACCCUCGACUACGAAUGACCCGUUUUUCACUACAAGUGAACAAACCUUCACUACAACUAAAUUACCCUCGACUACAAAUGACCCGUCUUCCACUACAAGUGAGCCACCCACUACUACAAGUGAACAACCCUUCACUACAACUAAAUUACCCUCGACUACAAUUGACCCGACUUCCACUACAAAUGAACAACCCUUCACUACAACUAAAUUACACUCGACUACAAAUUACCCGUCUUCCAAAACAAGUGAACAACCCUUCACUACAACUGAAUUACCCUCGACUACGAAUGACCCGUCUUUCACUACAAGUGAACAACCCUUCACUACAACUAAAUUAUCCUCGACUACAAAUGAUCCGUCUUCCACUACAAGUGAGCCACCCACUUCCACAACUAAAUUACCCUCGACUACAAAUGACCCGUCUACCACUACAAGUGAACCACCCACUACUACAAGUGAACAACCCUUCACUACAACUAAAUUACCUUCGAUCACAAAUGACCCGUCUUCCACUACAAGUGAACAACCCUUCACUACAACUGAAUUACCCUCGACUACGAAUGACCCGUCUUUCACUACAAGUGAGCCACCCACUACUACAAAUGAGCCACCCACUACUACAAGUGAACGACCCUUCACUACAACUAAAUUACCCUCGACUACGAAUGACCCGUCUUCCACUACAAGUAAACAAACCUUCACUACAACUAAAUUACCCUCGACUACAAAUGACCCGUCUUCCACUACAAGUGAGCCGCCCACUAAUACAAGUGAACAACCCUUCACUACAACUAAAUUACCCUCGACUACAAAUUACCCGUCUUCCACUACAAGUGAACAACCCUUCACUACAACUGAUUUACCCUCGACUACAAAUGACCCGUCUUCCACUACAAGUGAGCCGCCCACUACUACAAGUGAACAACCCUUCACUACAACUAAAUUACCUUCGAUCACAAAUGACCCGUCUUCCACUACAAGUGAACAACCCUUCACUAUAACUGAAUUACCCUUGACUACGAAUGACCCGUCUUUCACUACAAGUGAACAACCUUUCACUACAACUAAAUUACCCUCGACUACGAAUGACCCGUCUUCCACUACAAGUGAGCCACCCACUACUACAAAUGAGCCACCCACUACUACAAGUGAACGACCCUUCACUACAACUAAAUUACCCUCGACUACGAAUGACCCGUCUUCCACUACAAGUGAGCCACCCACUACUACAAAUGAGCCACCCACUACUACAAGUGAACGACCCUUCACUACAACUAAAUUACCCUCGACUAAUGACCCGUCUUCCACUACAAGUGAGCCACCCACUACUACAAGUAAACAACCCUUCACUACAACUAAAUUGCCCUCGACUACGAAUGACCCGUCUUCCACUACAACACUGCAACUCGCCCAUAGGCCAAACCGUUUGAAAUACUAA